AUGUCACUCAAACUUUUGCUCGUCCUCUUUGCUUCCAGCUUUCUCUUUUCACCAAGUCACGGCCACCCGUCCUAUUUGGACGUUCAAGUAUUAACACGCAACGCACCCGAGUACACUACUGAAGGUACACAUGCUGCCAUUGUAGAGGGACUUCGAGAGGCGGCUUUGCACAAGCGAGACCGAGAGUACAAGGCUAGCCAGAAGAUCGACAUGAGCUGGCAAGACGCCGUCAUUUUCGCAAGGUAAGUCUUUUCCGCACGAGCCUGACGCGUACAUCUGACGCAUCCAUUUAGAAGUGGCGAGCAAAACAUCGGUAACAACUCGAAGGUCACGGAAUCUGUGCAAGUCAACUGCAAAACGUGCUACAUUAAAGGCACAGCUUCGGCGGUGCUUAAUGUCAAGACGAGCGAGACAUCACCCAACUACUAGAGACCGCCAAGGUUACCGUCGAGAACGACGUCAACAACACGAUUCACGCAGUAGAGGAUGCUUUGGAAGACUUUUACCACAACUGCAACAUUUCGUGCGAGAUGCACUACUUUGGGGACGUGGUUAAGGCCUUGUAUGACGACGGCGUCCAAAUUGAAGACCUGCUACCACCGAACGUGAAUGUGUCUUUUGAGCAAAAUUUCACAUCGCCGAUCCCGGACACGACUGUAACGUUUCGUUUCGAUGAUCUGGACCUAUAUCUGGAGCUCGAGACCAUACUCAAUGCUUCUGCCUCCUACACAUUGCCUUUAAUCGCCGGCGCUGCGACCAACAUCAAUCUAGACGGUACAUUGAAGCCCGGGGCCUUUUUCAAUGUCGACUUGAUCCUCGAGGUGGAUGGCUCACUGGACAUCACCAGUGGUCUGCACAUCAAAGUGGACGACCAUGUCGCGCUUGAUAUGCAGCUUUUCGGUCACGAAGCAUCGGGCAUUGACUUUCGCGAAGGCCGAUUCGAGCUUUUGCCGGUCCGUGUUCAAAGUGCGGAUGCCACCUUCAGGGCAACCUUGAGGCUCAGCGCCACAGUAGCCCUCGCAGCUGGCGUUCCGGAACAUUUGCCCAACGUGACGAUUGGAAGUCACCACCUCUCAGACUACCAACUUGCGGGCGGUCUCCUGGCGGGCGUCAGUGCCGAUGUCGCAGUCUUUGAAACGGAGAUCAAAGCCUCACCGGAGGAUCCAGAGUGCCAGCUCAAAGUGAUUCAAGACUACUCUCUCGUCCUGGGAGCUACGGCUGGCGCGCAAGCGACGGUUGGCACCGCUACCUACGGGCCGCACCCUACCAAGACAACCGCCAUCUACACCACCACACUAGACAGCUACUGCACAACUUCUGCUCCCAUAGUCACCAGUGCUGCCGUACACAGGAAGCGACAGCACAGUGACGACGACCUGUCCACUACAAAGCUGUCCAUUACCAUCGUCCACACUGCAAUUCAAUGCCCACUGGGAGCCACAGGACAAUGCCCUGUCGCCCUCCAAACGACGUUGCGAUCAACUGAGAGUAGCACCACGAGCCUCGUGGGCCCCUCGAGCGAGAUCGAGAACUCAUCGAGAUUCCCAACGCCAACCCCCGUCUCGAUCACCGCCGUCCCGUUCGGCACCAAUGCAACAACUUUCCCAGCCAUGUCAGGUAAGCCAACAAUGUACACACCAACACCGACCAACAUUGCCGGUGUCGCCAGUGCCAUUGCUUCGAAAGUGCACAAACACAAGGUCCUCGCCAUCGAACUUGGGGUCGGCAUUGGCCUGGGCGUGCCUUUGCUCGCUGUACUUGCAGGUGUCGUGAUUUGGUACGUCUCCCAUCAAUCUCGCGACCGAUAUUCUCACAAACUGCUUACUCCUACUCCUUCUCCCAGCUGCUGUUGCCUCCAACGCAGGAAGCAGACUCCCGCUCCGACGGCAGACGUCUUCUGGCAGAGUGCCCCGGCAAUGCAACAAUCUACGGUCUAUAUGCCCAGGAAGAGUCCUUGA